AUGGAUGUAUUGGUGAAAUGGGAAGAUAACACUCUAAAUGUGGUUGAGUCUGAUAAGUUAGUACCUGUUAUAGCAGGGCAAAAUUUUUGUAAAGGCGUAAUGGUUAAAAUGCUCGUCGGCGGUAUUUGGUAUAAUGGUCAGGUGAUCGACACAGAAGCAACUUCCACUUCCGAGAGUGAAAAUGAACCAUUAUCUAAAUAUCGUAUAGUUAGUAUUUCGAGUGACGAUGAGCCACUGUCAAAAUAUAUGGCUGUAAGAAAUCAAACUCAUACACCUGUAGAUCAAGACUCAAACAAGAGAGAUAGUUAUGUGGAACAGGCCUGCGAGGUUAUUUCCUAUCAAGCAGAAGUACUUAGUAGUUGUUUUUGUUGCUCUACUCUGCUGUGCAUCGACCAUUUUCAAAGUGAAGAGAUAUCCUGUAUUUCUCACAAAAAUCGAGCAAAUGAAGAUAACAUAGUUCCAGUGACUUCACUGAACGUUGAUAGGUGCCCCAGAGAGAAGCCAAGACCAUCAGUUCAGAACCAGUCGAAACUUGCAAAAACUCUGAGAAACCAAGGCAAAGAAUAUUACAGCAUACGCAGCAAGAAAAUUGUACCAGCGUGGAAGCUUUUAGGUGGAUGUGAAAGUGAAACAUGUGUGAAAACCGGAAAACAGUGCAACGCGUUAAGUGAAGAAAAUAGAGCGGACAUAUUUGCAACAUUCUAUGCACUCAGUGAUUUACAGCUUCGUAGGGAGUUCAUUGGUCGCCACUGCGAAUUAGUUGAAGUCAAACAAAGGACAACUAAUACGGCUUCCAGAAAAGCAAAAGUCUUCGGUACUUCCUAUCCUUGA